AUGAGCAAAAAGAAAAAAUCAGCCGAUGAGGACUUGAGCGAUGAACAAAUAAAACAAAUUUUGGAACGAAUUAUUCAAGACACGGACAGCAGCAUUAUCAGAUACAUCAACACAGAAUCUCAAUCGGGACCCGGAAAAUCAAAGAGAAAAACCACCACCUAUCGAGUAUGUCCCAUGUGUGAUCGUGCGGUUGGUAACUUUGGUACCAAUUUUAAGAAUCACUUUCGAAAAUGUUGUCCGAUUAUUUAUGACGAGCUAACCAAAUAUCAACCAUUGUAUUUUGGUACUUGGAAUCAACUCAUAGAGAACGGAUUAAUCAAAGGAAAAGUCAUUGAAGAUGAUGAAGAAUUGGAACUUGAAUUGAGAAGAACAUCCAAUUAUCACGAACUUUGCCAAGAAGAAGGUAUUGCUCCUGUAGUAGGAAGCAAACGAGAGUCAUCGGCCGACGAUGAAAGCGAUGAUGAUGCUGUUGGUGGUGAGGGUACUCAUCGUGAGGAAGACGAGGAUGAUUUGAAGAAAUUCAUGAAAAGCCUCGCCAAAGAACAGAAAAAGUCGAGCCGAUCCCGUAAGAAGAAGAAGGAUGCAUCAUCGAGUAGCAAUGCAGCAGCAUCGGCAGCAGCUGGAAGUACAAGUCCAACCUCCUCAAGUAGCGCCAUCUUUAGUACAACACCUGCUACUCCUCGGUUCGGAAGCAAUGUUACUGGUAACAACAACAACAACUUAGUUUCACCCUAUUCGUCAUCAAGCUUGUUUUCUCCACAAUCCUUCUCAUCACCCAUGAUUGGAAUGUUUUCUCCGGCCACGGGUGGUGUUGGUGGUGGAGCAUCUUCGUAUCCAAAUGAUACAUCGUGGCUUUUGAAUCCGAGCCUUUUUGUGAAUCAAGCCAUUGAAGAUGUGAAACAAAACAUGGCCAAUGCAUUAAGUUUAGAUUUGGGCAGUGAGGAUUUCACCAUGUUGAAUGCCACCUCCAAGAUGAAUACACCCUCUGCACAACAGAAUGGACUCACCAUUUCUGAGACGUGGGAUGAAACUGUAUACAAGCAGGCUUUACAUCGAUAUUUACGAAAUAAUGCAUACAUUCAGGAGAUUUUCUUUGGAAAAAUUGAACAAGAUGGAGAGUACGACAAUUGUGCACACAUGCAAAAAUUAACCAAAGCAUUGGAGAAAAUGAUUGAACACAAUGAUAACGAGUUGGAGCGUGACGAGAAAAUUAUCGAUACCUUCAUUUCCACUCAACAAGAGUUCUACUCUACCAUUAACUCAAUUACUAAGGACACUGACGAGAAUGAAUUGAGAGAAAAGAAGCGUAUUCUUUCUCAAAUUCUAUCAAAACAACACUAUCACUCACAAGCAGCUAAGAAACCUAAACAAGACGCUAAAAAAGAAUUGAUUGAGCUGUAA